GUGUGUGUGUGUGUGAGAGAGAGCGCGUGUGCGUGUCGGGGAGGCGUGCAGGAUGUUGUCACAGAUCCGCUGACUCUGAACGCUGCUCGGGUUUGAUUUUUGUGGCCCGGGUCGCAGCAGGGCGUAAAGCUGUCAGACACGGAGCCAACAUGGGUUAGAGCGACAGGCGCAGAUCUGGAUUAUCCACUUUGUGCGCUUCCAUGAUGGUGGCGCUGGGAGAGAACGGACUUGUUUUCCCAGAGACAUCCUGACAAAGACGGGGGACUGAGUGACUAGAAACCGGGAUCCGCUGCCUCUUUCCGUCUCGCCUUUUUUUUUUAUUCCCUUUGUAGAAUAUUGUUUUUUUUUUUUCCUACCCGGUGGUUGCGCGAGCCAGAGAUGUUUGCUGAACUGCUGUGUGGCGCCGUGGCUCUGGUCCUCUAUGUCAACACUCUGGGCGCAGAUUUCUGCUACGAUGACAGUCGUGCAAUCAAGACCAAUCAGGACCUGCUUCCAGAGACCCCCUGGACAAACAUCUUUUACGAUGACUUCUGGGGCACCUUACUCACACACAGUGGUAGCCAUAAGUCUUACAGACCCCUCUGCACCCUCUCCUUCCGCCUUAACUAUUUGGUGGGUGGGCUGGAGCCUUGGGGUUACCACCUGGUUAAUGUAGCCCUCCACGGUGCUGUGACCAUCCUGUUUACCUCUCUGGCCCGCCUGUUGCUUGGGGGAGGACUAUGGAGCCUGCUAGCUGGCCUAAUAUUUGCUUCUCACCCUAUCCACACUGAGGCAGUGGCGGGCGUUGUUGGACGGGCCGACGAAGGUGCUGCCCUGUUCUUCCUGCUGUCCUUGCUGUGUUACAUUCAUCACUGUAGACUGCGGGGGCACGCAGGGUCAUUGCGACUUGCUGCAUGGUUCUUGAGUAGCUUGGGCUGCGCAGCAUGCAGUAUGCUGUGGAAGGAGCUGGGAGUGACCGUUCUGGCUGUAUCAGCACUGUACGAUGUCUUUGUUUUCCACAGGUUCAAACUGCGACAAGUCAUUACGCUCCUCUACAAGAGAAAGAACAUCCACCUGCUGCUGAACGUGUUUUUCUUGGCAGCGUGGGGAGUUGUCUUAUUGGCGUGCCGCUUCUCUUGGAUGGGCAACAAACCCCCGAACUUCUCCAACUCCGACAACCCCGCGGCGGACUCCCCCUCGCUCAUCACCAGGACAUUAACCUUUUUCUACCUGCCUGCCUUUAACUUUUGGCUCCUCCUCUGCCCAGACAAGCUCAGCUUUGAUUGGUCAAUGGAUGCUUUGCCUCUGAUCAGGACCCUUGCCGACUGGAGGAACCUUCACACGCUUGUGUUUUAUCCUGGGUUGUUGUUGUUGGCUUGGUUCUGCCUGUGGACUCCCGCGACAGUAAAGAGCAAGGACACCAAUGGGAAAGCGCUCCAUUACAUUAAUGGCAGAAAUGGGAACAGUAAUGGACACAGUUACCACUGUAACAGCCAUGAACACGUGAGCAACUCCCACACAGAUGUUCAUCAUAAUAGUACACAAAAUGGUACCAAAACACACAACGAAAGCAGGACUCCACUGCCUACCAGCGAAAAUGUUGUGGCAUUCUCCCUGGGCCUCUUGAUUAUCCCUUUUCUACCAGCCACAAACUUGUUUUUUUAUGUAGGAUUUGUGAUAGCGGAGCGGGUACUGUACAUCCCCAGCAUGGGUUUUUGCCUGUUGGUUGCAGUGGGGACGAGGUCUCUGUACAUCCGCUUGCGGCGCAGGUCUUUCAGGACAGUUUUGCUGUACUGCAGUGCAGUUCUGGUUUUACUUUUUAGCGCCAAGACUGUUUUGAGGAACCAGGACUGGCAGAAUGAAGAGAUGCUCUACAAGUCAGGGAUUUAUGUCAAUCCUGCCAAAGCUUGGGGCAAUCUUGGAAAUGUUUUGAAGAGCCAAGGGGAGAUGGAAAAGGCCGAACAGGCUUACAGAAACGCAUUAUACUACCGCAGCAACAUGGCCGACAUGCUGUAUAACCUUGGUUUGCUGCUGCAGGAGAGCAACAAAUUCUCAGAGGCGCUCCACUACUACAAGCUGGCCAUUGGGAGUCGGCCAACUCUGGCUUCGGCCUACUUGAACACCGGCAUCAUCCAGAUGAACCAGGGUCGUCUGGACGAGGCCAAGCGGACAUUUCUGACCUGCGCCGACAUCCCAGAUGAAAACCUGAAGGAUCCCCACGCCCAUAAGAGUUCAGUCACCAGCUGCCUGUACAACCUGGGCAAGCUGCUUCAUGAGCAGGGUCAUCAGGAGGAGGCCCUCUCCGUGUUUAAAGAAGCAAUACAGAAAAUGCCAAGACAAUUUGCACCACAGAGCCUCUACAACAUGAUGGGAGAAGCUUACAUGAGGCUAAAUAAGCUGCCUGAAGCUGAACACUGGUACAGAGAAUCGCUGCGAGCCAAGCCAGACCAUAUUCCUGCACACCUCACUUAUGGCAAACUCCUGGCUAUGACAGGGCAGAAAACAGAAGCYGAGAGGUACUUCCUGAAGGCCAUACAGCUCGAUCCCACAAAAGGCAACUGUUAUAUGCAUUAUGGUCAGUUUUUAUUGGAAGAGUCACGACUGCUGGAAGCAGCGGAGAUAGCAAAGAAAGCUGCGCGCCUCGACAGUGGCGAGUUUGAUGUGGUCUUCAGUGCAGCCCACAUGCUCAGACAAGCCAACCUUAAUGAGGCAGCCGAGAAGUAUUACGGACAAGCAGCGAACCUGAGACCAAACUACCCCGCGGCCCUGAUGAACCUCGGUGCGAUCCUGCACCUCAACGGGAAACUGCAAGACGCCGAAGCCAAUUACCUCCGGGCGCUGCAGCUGAAACCGGACGACACCAUCACCCAGUCAAACCUGCGUAAGCUGUGGAACAUCAUGGAGAAACAGGGCCUGAGGACCAAUAACCCCUGAGUUCAUUCUCCCUGCCCGCCUACUCACCAUCUGAAUGCCAGACACGGGUGGAAACGAAAGAAAAAAAAAACAGCCAACAUGCUCUGCAUUCCGUUUACUCAUCCAAGAGAGAUAGAAGAGACUGAGGGAGGAUAUUUGCAGAGACACCACGACUGCGCCGCACAGGCUCUCCUAAUCACUGCUGAGCUCUGCAAACACCUCUGGCCAGCAGCUUUCCACAAUAUUACCUACAGUUAGUCAGGCACUGUGUGGGAUUUGGACUCUUCAAACCUUCUUCAGAUUUAUUUCUCUCACAGUAAUCUUUUUUUUUUUCUUCUUUUAGAGCACUUGAACUCGAGCAGCAUGAGAUCAAAUUAAAGAGUGAAAAGAAUCUUGAGUGAAGCAUUAAGGGAUCUUUCUAUCAAAUCUCCUCCAGAUGAGGUGUUUUUUUUUAAUAGAAUGGGGGGGAAAGCUGAUAUAAAAGACAGAAUGCCAUCUUGAAUUCUAAAUUAUUCCUUGUUGUGGUGUUUCUUUUUCCCUAAAGGACCUUGUUGAUUUGCUCACGAAAUCACACUUUACAGCAAAUUAGCAUCAUUACUGAAAACCAUUCAUGUCAGAUAAUCUGUGAAAACUUGAAAAAAAAAAAAGGAAAUUUAUUUAUGCAGCACAAUGAUGGCCUCAGAAACAGCAUGUUUUAGCCGACAAGCAAAAAAUAAAGUUCAGCGCGAUUACGUUUUCAGGGUGUUUACUGAUGUAGAAGUCGUGUUCUUAUUAUCGUCGCUUCUUGUUCUGCACUGCUUCAAAGGUCAGCUUGGCAGAAACAAAAAAUCUAUUAAUGCAAUUAUGAAGCCAUCUUUCUAACAAAAGCUUUCAGCAUCUUUCUCUUUUUCAGAUUUAAGACACGAGUCGGAUGGAGUCUUUUAUCUAAAACACAAAAGCUAUGUUUUUGCCCAGCUUUUAGUCAUAAAACACAGUUUGCAGUGCUUUUUGAGGGAAAUAUUUAAUGCCUUUUAACAGAAACUUUUUUUUCCUUUUUGUUUGUAUUAAUGAAUCUUAAUAUAUACCACGUGUAUAGUAUAUUGAAAACCACGCAGGAAAAAAAUAAUAAAAGCUCAGUUACUGAGCAAGUUUCAAGACAGAAGAAUUUUCAGUGUUUUCAAAACACUUUUUUUAGGUCUGAUUUGUACAUUAUUUAAACUUUUUUCAACAUUAAACAGUGAAACAGCACCUUUUAUGAAAGUAAAAGUUUGUAAAGUAUUUGUGAUUGUUUUUGGCCAUGCUUCACCUCAUUUGUCUUGGGUUCAUUACAUUGUAAAUUAUUCCUCUGUGUUAGUAAGAGAACCAGCUGGCACUGUGUUUUUCCAUGUAAAGUGAAGGAAGUUGGCUAAGAGAACAUUAUUGUCUUUGUUUGUGGUCAUUCUGGAGUAAAACCUUAAAAACCCACUCGUGUUGCUGAGCAUACUGUACCUGUUUACAGAGCUUCAUCUCCAGGUGAAGAUUUUAAUCUACAGUAUGUUACUUGUGACUGUCAUAAAGCUGUUAGCACUGUGCUGUUGUCACAAGAGAGUGAAAAUGAAACAGUUCACUUUGAUUUCUUGCCCAUAUUUCACACACACACACCGACAAAACUUGUUUUUUUUUUUUUGGUUUGUUUUUUUUUUCUAUGUAAAUAUAAAGUGUUCACGGAGAAGCGUCCACAUUUUAUUGUUUAAAAGAAAGUUUUAAAAAGUGUUUCGCUCUGUGUCUCUGCUCAGGGAUCUCAAACAGCGGGCUAUUGCAGGAACUUGAUCACGGAGUGUCUACUAAAUUAAAAUUUAUUUUUGAAAGUUGCUGUAUUUGUAUAAAUUGUCCAGAUUUGUAGCCCUCUUCUCUCCUCUUUUUGUAAAAUAAAAAAUGAACAACUUGCCAGA